CGGUUGGCAUAGUGCAGACUAGAUAUUGCGCACCGUGAUGUCAGCGCACACAUUUUGAAAACACAUCCGUAAGUUCUGCUUUUGAGUUCAAUUAUGUAAUUAGGUUGAUAAUCACAGUGACGGAAUUUAACUGCCUUUAAUUUGUUAUUCAGGUGGAGAUUUUAAGCAGCCGGUGGAACAGUCUAGGGGUGUUUUUGCUCAUGGUUCAUCUACAGCAACUCAAUAAGAGACAAUGACAUUGAAAAUUAAAAUGAAGAUCCGGAUACCUGCUUCUUUUUCGUCAAUUUCAAUGAGUGAUGCGCAACGAUGGCUUUCAGAUCUCCGAUAUUGGGGAAUUAUAUUCUUCUUUUUCAUCACUUGAUUUGAAUGUUAAUUAUCAGAUUCCUCGGACCCAACCCUGGGAUCGCCAAUCGGCAUCAUUCUUGGAUGGAGUGGACCAAUCAGCGACCGUCUUUGAUGAAUAUUCAUGAAUCCUUGAUUCAAACCUUUGAGCGAGUUUGUCUAGACCCACAGCAUCAUACCUAGACUUUUCACGGAGACAAACUACAUUUUCUUAUGAAUGGAAAGAGAAAAAAUCAGUACAGCUUAAAUUGGGAUCCAUCCUUCACUGAGAUCAUAGAAGAAAACAAAAAAGGAAGAGGAGAGACCCGCCAGAAGAGAUGACAAUGACUACAAUACCAGAAAGUCUUAAUAGCCCUGUCUCAGGAAAACCCGUUUUCAUGGAAUUUGGACCACCAAGUCAACAAAUGUCGCCUUCCUCAAUGCCUCACGGACACUAUUCCAUGCACUGUUUACAUUCUACCGGUCAUACUCAACACGAGAAUUCAUACAGUCCAGCCUCAUCAUUUCCCAGAUCUCUGGGAUAUCCUUACGUUAACUCCGUCGGUAGCCAUUCCACAAGUCCAUAUCUCAGCACGGUGCAGUCCUAUCAAAACAGCUCGGCACUAACGCAGACACGGUUAGAUGACACAGCAACAGAGACCGAGAAGAACACGGUCGUGGAAGGCGGAGAGGUGCGGUUUAAUGGAAAGGGAAAAAAGAUUCGAAAACCAAGGACAAUCUACUCCAGUUUACAGCUUCAGGCUUUAAACAGAAGAUUUCAACAAACUCAAUAUUUGGCAUUGCCGGAGAGAGCCGAGCUCGCAGCAUCGUUAGGACUGACCCAAACACAGGUAAAGAUUUGGUUUCAAAAUAAGCGAUCAAAAUUCAAGAAAUUGAUGAAGCAAGGUGGUGGCACAAUUGAUACCAAUGCUCUAGCCAAUGGUCGCGGACUUUCGACCGGCUCUCCCUCUGUAGCACCUGUUUGGAGCUCACCGGCAACCGUGAAAACGUCAGUGGGGGCUCAAGGGUCCUACAUUCCCAGUUACACCUCAUGGUAUCCAUCUGCACACCAAGAGUCUAUGCAGCAACCGCAGCUCAUGUGAGGAUAGACAUAAUAAACCUGCCCCGCCCUCUAUACAACCAUGGCCCGUAUCAGGAGAUUUGGGGUCAAUCACCCAGCGUGGCCCUGCACUGCCCCGCUGCAGCCAUGCACAGAUGUAACCCGGAGUUUGCUCCCAACGUUGCCAGAUGACACAUUGGCCUUCUCGUACCGACCGACGGGAUGAGACCAGCAUGGGAGCCGAGAGACUGAGAAGGCACUCUGCGCCAUGGGCAAGAAGUUCUUUGAACCUCGUGACAGAUAUCGGACAUCAUGAAAAAUGGUUCUUCAAGCUGCUGUUAUUACAUUUUGUGUCUUUUUUAAUCGGCUACUUGUUAAAGUAACUAUAUCGACAUGUAAGUCAGUGAGAGUAUAUUUAUGUGUUGGUUUUAUUUGCUACAUUUCCAAACAUAUAUGAAGAUCAUGAUGGGCCUAUAAGCCCACGGUUUGACCAUUACCUCAAACCGUAGCAAAGGCUAUAACGGACAAAUAACAUAAUUGGCCUGUUAUUGGUCUACGCUCUUGACCAAGGAAUGUAUAGGCCAAUUCAUCAAGGGUUUUUUUCCCAAAUAGUAAUGGCUAUACAUUUCAUUUCUGUUUCAUUGUCUCUAAAUCUUACAGUCCCAGUAUGACAACACCUAAUCAACUUUAAAUGAAUUAAUUUGCACCACAAAUUGGUAUGUUAUCCUGUUUGAUGUGUUAAUUUAAGUUAAAUUAUUUAGAAAUGUUUCUUCAAAGUCUAUGUGUUUAUUUUAUAUACAGGUGUGUUUGAGUUACAAUGACAACAGUGUGCUACUAUGCUGCAGAAUUGCAAGCAAAACUUCUACGAAAGAGUCCUAAAGAUUGUGAAUAAGGUUGAAACAACAGGUAGCUGCUUUCGAAAAGCAUUGAAUUAUUCCCGAAGUUAGAGAUGGUUUGACACUGUUAUGUAAAUGUGUUUUAUAUAGCGGGCAGAUUGUACAUACUAGGCAUUUUCAUCUUUGGUUUGUGCUGUAAACGAUACAUUGUGAAACAGGAUUUUAUGUGUUCAUUACGAUAAAUGUGAUUAGCAGUCUACAUAGAAAUAUUUAGUUUUGUAUUGAUCACUUUAAUUUAUUGAUUUGUUAUGGAGUUUAUGUACAUAAUGUGUAAAGUUUGAAAACAGUAAAAAUAUGAUUUAAAAGGACUGUAUAAUAUUGUCAUACUUAUGAAGCAGGAUAUAGCCUAUAGGCCUACUGACUUCAAAAAUGUUUGGCACAGACUCAGGCCUAUAUCGAGUUGAUGACAGGGGGAGGUGGUAACAAUGAAUAGAAGAUAAAAUAAAUCACAUGAUGCAUCCAUAUGGCAGUUAUAGGGUCAACAUUUAGGAUAGUUUGAGUUAUGAAUGUGUCAACAAUAUUGAAGUCUUUGUAGGCAUAGGCAGUCCACUGUUAUUUCAUAACGUUUAGUGAGAGGCAAAGGCUCUCUAUUAAUUUAAAAAUAAAAGCGUAGACUAGGUACCCACAGGCCACUUAAUCCACCUGUCCCAGUUUCCCAGAUGGUUGAUGGCAGGACGUGAUGUACAGCCCCAAAACGCCGAUGAAUCAUGUGUCGGCUUCUGUCAAAUUAAUUGUUAUUCUCUUAACAAUAUAGGCUACUUGUUUAUGUUAGUUCCAUUUAGCCGCAUCAAGCGCUUUUCUACGGUUCCAAACCAAAACGAGUUUUCAUCGAUGAAUAGAGGAGAGCAAUGUUGUGUGUUAAGUGAAUAAUUGGAAGAUGGGCAGGUGCUCAAAAAAAAGGUUGCAUGGG